AUGGCGACCCCGGACCAGAAGUCGCCGAACGUCCUGCUGCAGAACCUGUGCUGCCGGAUCCUGGGCAGGAGCGAAGCUGACGUAGCCCAGCAGUUCCAGUACGCAGUGCGGGUUAUUGGCAGCAACUUUGCCCCAACCGUCGAAAGAGAUGAAUUUCUCGUAGCCGAAAAAAUCAAGAAAGAACUUAUUCGGCAGAGAAGAGAAGCGGACGCUGCGUUGUUUUCAGAGCUCCACAGAAAGCUUCACUCACAGGGAGUUUUGAAAAAUAAAUGGUCAAUUCUCUACCUCUUGCUCAGCCUUAGUGAGGAUCCACGCAAGCAGCCAAACAAGGUCUCCAGUUAUGCUGCGUUAUUUGCUCAAGCGUUGCCGAGAGAUGCGCACUCGACUCCCUACUACUACGCCAGGCCGCAGACGCUCCCGCUGAACUACCAGGACCGCGGCACACAGUCGGCACAGAGCUCGGGCAGCGUGGGGAGCAGCGGCAUCAGCAGUAUUGGCGUGUACGCCCUGAAUGGCCCGACCCCACCGCCACAGUCUCUCCUGCCGGGACAGCCUCAUCACACUCCUGGAGUUGGAGACUGUCUUCGGCAGCAGUUGGGGUCACGUCUUGCAUGGACUUUAACUGCAAACCAGCCUUCUUCACAAACCACUACCUCAAAAGGUCUCCCAAACACUGUUUCUCGCAACGUGACAAGACCAAGGAGGGAAGGGGAUGCCAGUGGUGCUGGGGAAGUUACGGAGGCGGCCCUCGUGCGGGACAUUGUGUACGUCUUCCAGGGCAUAGAUGGCAAGCACGUCAAGAUGGACAGCGUGGAGAACCGCUACAAAGUGGAGGCGAAGGCAAACCUAAGUAAAUCUUUGAGGGAUACGACAGUCAGACUUGCUGAGUUGGGAUGGUUGCAUAACAAAAUCAGAAAAUACACUGACCAGAGGAGUCUAGACCGUUCGUUUGGACUUGUGGGUCAGAGCUUUUGCGCGGCCUUGCAUCAGGAACUGAAGGAAUACUACCGAUUGCUGUCUGUCUUACAUUCCCAGCUACAGUUAGAGGAUGAUCAGGGGGUGAACUUGGGCCUUGAGAGUAGCUUGACGCUCCGGCGCCUCCUGGUUUGGACAUACGACCCCAAGAUAAGACUGAAGACUCUCGCGGCCCUAGUGGACCACUGCCAAGGGAGGAAAGGAGGUGAGCUGGCCUCUGCUGUCCACGCGUACACGAAGACGGGGGACCCGUACGUGAGGUCCCUGGUGCAGCACAUUCUCAGCUUAGUGUCACAUCCCGUGCUGAGUUUCCUGUACCGCUGGAUAUACGACGGGGAGCUCGAGGACACGUACCACGAAGUCCUUUUGAUCGGAAAAUCAAUAAAUUUCCUGCACCAGGUUUGUCAUGACCAGACACCCACUACAAAGAUGAUAGCUGUGACCAAGUCUGCCGACUCCCCCCAGGAUGCUGCAGAUUUGUUCACAGAUUUGGAGAAUGCGUUUCGGGGGAAAAUCGAUGCUGCUUACUUUGAGACCAGCAAGUACCUGUUGGACGUUCUUAACAAAAAGUACAGCUUGCUGGACCACAUGCAGGCUGUGAGGCGCUACCUGCUCCUUGGCCAAGGGGACUUCAUCAGGCACUUAAUGGACUUGCUCAAACCAGAACUUGUCCGUCCAGCUACGACUUUGUAUCAACACAACUUGACUGGAAUUCUUGAAACCGCCGUCAGAGCCACCAAUGCCCAGUUUGACAGCCCUGAGAUCCUCAAGAGACUGGAUGUGAGGCUGCUGGAGGUCUCUCCAGGUGACACCGGGUGGGAUGUUUUCAGCCUGGACUACCACGUCGAUGGGCCAAUUGCCACGGUGUUCACGCGAGAGUGCAUGAGCCACUACCUCAGGGUGUUUAACUUCCUCUGGAGGGCAAAGCGGAUGGAGUACAUCCUCACGGACAUCCGCAAGGGACACAUGUGCAAUGCCAAGCUCCUGAGGAACAUGCCAGAGUUCUCCGGGGUGCUGCACCACUGCCACAUCCUGGCAUCCGAGAUGGUCCAUUUCAUCCACCAGAUGCAGUACUACAUCACAUUCGAGGUGCUUGAGUGUUCUUGGGAUGAGCUUUGGAACAAGGUGCAGCAGGCCCAGGACCUGGACCACAUCAUUGCCGCACACGAGGUGUUCCUGGACACCAUCAUCUCCCGCUGUCUGCUGGACGCUGACUCCAGAGCACUUUUAAAUCAACUAAGAGCCGUGUUUGAUCAGAUCAUCGAACUUCAGAACACUCAAGAUGCGAUAUACAGAGCGGCUCUGGAAGAGUUACAGAGACGAUUACAGUUUGAGGAGAAAAAGAAACAGAAUGAAGUCGAGGGCCGGUGGGGAGUGACGGCAGCAGAGGAGGAGGAGGAGAACAGGAGGAUUCAAGAGUUUCGAGAAUCUAUCCCGAAAAUGUGCUCGCAGCUGCGGAUACUGGCCCAUUUCUACCAGGUGCUGGCAGGGCCCGGACCACACUGGUGUGUUCCUGCAGUAGACCGUUGCCAUCAGAAUGGGUGUGGUGCAGCAGUUCCUGGUGCUGCUGACGACCAGCUCCGACGAGAGCCUGCGCUUCCUGAGCUUCAGGCUGGACUUCAACGAGCACUACGAGGCCCGAGAGCCGAGGCUGCGGGUGUCCUUGGGCUCCCGCGGGCGGCGUGGCUCUCACGCGUGAGCCCUCCCGUAUCCCCCGGCGCCGCCUGUGCUGGGGACUGCGGGUCAAGGUGA